UAUUGUAAGUACGGAUUGACAACAUCUGAUCGGUUAUUUUUAUCUKCAGAAAAUGAAAUAAAAAGUCAAGGAAUCAUCACAAGUUUGUUUCAAAAAGAAAAUUAUCGUAUGAAGAAUGGGUGUGKGUGUGGAAGUACAAAAUGAUGGUAAUACCGGACAACUUACAAGAGAUAAGAAUAACAGCGUCAAUGUAYACAACAAUGCCGAUGGAGCACCCAUGCCGAAGCAUAUACCAUUUCCAGAUUUCCCUGGCAGUUCGGAGCUCAUUAAUGAGCUUAUAAUGUUCCUGUUUAUUACGUUUGCAGCGGCCAUGCAAUUUAUAAACCUUUAUCGCACAAUGUGGUGGGUACCGGACUCUAAUACAACACGUACAGUUAACGUAUACCUCAUAGAACCCUACUUGGUAGCGUUCAUAGUGCUACUAAUGUCUAGACGUUUUGUAUACUGCCUGUUAAUACGCGGACAAGAAUUGUUACAGAACUUAAGUAGUGAACACCGUCGCAUCUAUAAAAGUAUCGUUAAGUACAGCUUUAGCAGCUGUCUUUUAACACUACUCGGAUUUUGUGUGUAUAAAAUCUAUAUAAAACAAUUUUUUAUGCCUGUCUUCUUGCUAGUCUAUCCUCUCGUCAUCUACCUACUCAUCUUCGGUUUUCAAAUUGAGUCCUUUCUACGCAGUUCAUACGAAGUGGAGGGCACCUAUUUUAAYGGUAUGCCCAUGCAUUGCUGCUCCACCAGCCCUGAUACCAUACGCGAAGAAAUCGUUGUGCUGAAAAAUGACUUCAAUAUACGCUUCAAACAAAUUGUGUUUACAUCCUUAUUAAAUGCCUACUACGCCGGUGUUGUGCCAUGUCUAUUUGCUGUCUCCAUGUAUUACAAUGUAUUGUGGGCGUAUCAAAAUGCUUUAUACAUUUGGCUCAGUUGCCUCACGAUGGCAUGCGCUUUCGGGUUUCCAGCAAAAUAUAGCGAUAUUUUACAUCGCGCAUCACUACAUUUAGGUUAUUGGUCGCGUAUGGAGUUGCGUGCAAUUGGUGGUAAWUCCAGUUCCAGUAGUGGCAGUAGCACAUCAUCCAGUGGCACGACCACUGUAUGGAAAGCAAACACCGUAUGGACUCAGGAUAGUGUUGUGAAAUGCAACGGCGAGUUAUUUAGUGCUAAUGGUCCCGUAACGGUUGCGCUACCGGGAAAUUCUAGUCAUUCUAGAUUUUAUAAAUUAUUUCGCAAUCCAGCCAUCAUAUACAUGAUAUUGACCGGUGUACAGGCCGCCGUAGUCUUGGCCGGCAUAUUAGUGCUAUAUUAUGCUAUCGAGUGGCACUUUAUGCUGUCGAUUAGUUUUGCAACGCUUACAAAUCAAUUCACAUUUUUCAAAAUAAUGCGUGAUUAUUUGGUGACGAAACGCAUAUACACGUCGGAAACCGCAAUCGCUGAGCAAACAAAAUCGAACGCGCUGCACAGCAAUUGAACGCAGUAUGGCAGGACGAACAGAAUUGCAUUUAUGCACAAAUUAUAAAAGGUUAUAAAUAUAAAUAUUGACUGUGAGCUCAUGAACAUUUUAUAAAAUAUAAUUUUGAAGUAAUUUAA